GCGUCUCCUGUGUGACUACUUUAUGGUGGAUGCAUUUGCAAGAGUCACACAGCUGUGCCCACGCCUUUCACACAGAGCACACAAGUUUGGCAUGUUUACAUACCUCACGCCUCGCUCUGCGCUCCGCCUCUGCCCCGGAAGGAAGCGCUUGGGAGGCCGCUGGGUCCGUAUGGCUGCCAGUCUCACUGACCCUGCGGUAUCUGCUACGUGUGAUGAGGUGGCGGCCGGUGGCACGUUUGGUGCUGCUGUGCCUGGUCUGCGGCUUUUGUUCGCUGCUCUACGGCUUCAGUCAACGAGGUGGGGGAGCCAGUGAGCCGGCGGUAUCUGCACGGACAUCGCUUAGCGGCGUGAGGCGAGCAGGCCUUGGGUCCGGCCGGUUGCAGCAGAGGUGUCAGGAUUUCUCUGUGUCUUUCUGGAAUCCCUAUUGGAUGCUGCCUGCUGGUAUAUGUGGAAAGGACUGCUUUUGGGAAGCUGCUUUUAGAUACAAAGCACCUGUGAAACAUGGCACAGAAACCAUGCAUUUGGCCGUUGUUGCCUGCGGGGACAGACUGGAAGAGACUAUUACUAUGCUAAAAUCAGCCCUGCUUUUUAGCAAGAAGUUACUUCAGUUUCACAUUUUUGCAGAAGAUCAAUUACAUUAUGACUUCAAAGCUGCACUUAAUAGUUGGGCAUUUCCAGAGAAGUUUAAAUAUACUUUGUAUCCAAUAACAUUUCCAUUAGAAAACGCUGUGGAAUGGAAGAAGUUGUUUAAACCCUGUGCAUCACAAAGGCUAUUCUUGCCGUUGAUUCUUACGGAAGUUGACUCCUUGCUGUAUGUUGACACGGACAUUCUAUUUUUACGCCCCUUGGAUGACAUCUGGUCUUUUUUGGGUGGCUUUAAUGCCACGCAGAUUGCUGCUAUGGCCCCUGAGCAUGAAGAGCCACGCAUAGGAUGGUAUAAUAGAUUUGCUAGACAUCCUUAUUAUGGAAAGACAGGCAUCAAUUCCGGAGUCAUGUUAAUGAAUAUGACCCGUAUAAGAAAAAAGCAUUUUAAGAAUGACAUGACAACAGUUCGUUUACACUGGGGAGAUCUACUGUUGCCAUUGCUAAAAAAAUACAAGUUGAACAUAACAUGGGGUGACCAAGAUUUACUGAAUAUCAUGUUUUCUCACAAUCCAGAAAGCUUGUUUGUCUUCCCUUGUCAAUGGAAUUACCGUCCUGAUCACUGCAUUUAUGGAAGCAAUUGCCAUGAAGCAGAAGAUGGCAUAUUUAUUCUUCAUGGCAACAGAGGUGUUUACCAUGACAGAAAACAACCAGCAUUUAGAGCUGUGUAUGAAGCAUUCCGAAAUUACUCAUUUGGGCAUGACCUUCGCCAGUCGUUACUAUAUCCUUUAGAACUGGAAAUGCCGAAAACAGCACAUACCUACUGUGGCAGGAUUCAUGAGAUAUUCACUAAGCAGCUGACAAAAACCAUUGAAGAGCUUUACAGAAGGCAAUCCAACAAACGGUGAUGUGUUGGUCAAAGCUCUGUUUUUUCUGUGAACGAAUCUGACUAGCACAGGAUCAUUUUAGUUUUUGCUAACUGUGCCAUUUUUUUCUAGGAUAAAUGUGGGUGCCAGGUUCCAUGACACAGACACAAUGUUCAUAUAUUCCACUGUGCAUACUCAAUUUUCUGAGUGAAAUGAAUAGCAUUUUAUAUGUGUGUAUAUAUAUAUAUAUUUACAUAUGUGUGUGUGUUAAAGAAGUAAUAUGCCUAAGUAAGUAAUAAUGUAACAUUAAAUUAUUAUACUUACUUUUAAAAUAGAAUUCGUUGCCUACAUACCCAAUUUGUGUAAAAAUUGCUUACCAUUGCAGCUAUUGAGGAUCAAGACACCCUGCUUUUUGGGCUGUAACUCCUUGCAACUGCCAUAAUUCAGUAAUUCCUAUUAGCAGCUAUGGAGUCACUGAAGACAAUUACUGUUUUUGUCUGGAAAAAUAACAUGGCUAAAAAAUUCCACAUAUACCAAGUAAAUGCUGCACAUUUUAUUUAUAUAUGAGAGUUCUUCUCCUUUAUAUAUCAAGUAGGCUGGCCCCUUCAUAGUGUGCUUUUUUUUAUACAUUUAUUGAGGGAAUGUUGCCUUCAAAAUAUGUCUAAAAGUUUGUGAAAACAAAUUCUGGUUAUAGGAUUUUAUAUAAAUUAGCACUAUAGACCAUGGUUUUCUAAUGUCUGCAGCCAAGUGAAAAAAACUGUUCCGCAUUGCUGUUUGGGAGGAUGGUGGUAUUACUAAAUAUUUGUUUACUUUUUCAUCAACUGUUAUUUCUUUUUGAAAACAAGUUACAAGUUGAACACUACAUUGCAAACUAAACUGUGGGCACAAAGAGUUUACCAAUGCAGGGCUACUUUACUGAAGUUAUUUCAUCGGACCCUACCAUCUCAAAGGGACAGUAUAGCACCUUGUUCAUCAUGAGUCCAAUGAACAUGGCUUGUUCUGAACAAAAAACAAUUUAAAUUGGCUUUUUUUGUUUAUUUCCUGAGCUAAACAGGGAAAUUGCAGCUGCUCCAUGUUUGGUACUUACCAAGUAGAUAAUUAGCUUACCAACCCAUACACAACACAUACACCCCCCCCCAUAAUAGACUUUUGCUAUCAAGACAGUGACAACAAGGGAGGAAGGAGGGGGUUGUAAACCGGUAAUAUAAUUAUCUAGUAUUAUGCUCAAUAAAUAACAAAAGCCAUGCCCUUUUAUGAUUAAAACAAAAAAAGUAUGUUUUGCACAAGUCCUUUUCAUUGUACUCUGAUUAAACAAACUGGAACAGAUGAACAAGGGGGUACAGUAUACUGCUCCUUUAGGGCAGAGACACACGCUGCUAUUUCAGGAGAUUAGUUGCCCAGCAACAAAUCGAUUCUUCUUUGGGUGACUAAUCUCCCCGAACUGCCUUCCCGGCAGGAUGGCAGACGCUUUGUUUUCCUAAAUCGUCCCGAAGUUGCCUCACGAUGAAACAUCGGGCGACUUCCGAAAGCUGAAGCGAUCUGAGUGUCAUCCCGCAUGCGAUUUACAUUCUUGCCGGCGGGAAGGCAGUUCGGGGAGAUUAGUCACCUGAAGAAGAAUCGAUUUGUCGCUGGGCUAAUAAUCUCCAGAAAUAGCAGUGUCUCUGCCCUUAUGUGUUGCACUGCAACAGAGAAUAUAACAUCACUGAAUUACACCAAAAGAAAACAGUUUUAUUUAAAUCAAUACCCAUUUCUGAAGCUUAUCUGCAUAAAAAUAAAACAGAAAGGUAAUAUAAUGGAAUGAUUUUGUUGGCAGUGCUGGUCUGUCUGUGGCAUUAUAGACAUAUUCAGUUACAAAUAUUAAAGUAUAAGGGGUAUAAGAUGUGCAUUGAGUUUACUUGUUUGCAUUUAUUAUUUACUAUUUCUGUGCUUUCUAGGGCAUUCUUUUUAUUUCAUAGUAACAGCUUUCCAUAGUAACCAUAAAGAACAGCUUUUCAUGAAGAUUGCCUCUGGAAAAGGAAGUCAUAUGGCAGUUCCUUGUGAAAGACAUGUAAAUAUUCAGAAAAAUAGUUUUAGGCCAGUAGGAAUUUAAUAAGGUGUAAGCCCUAUCUGAAUUAGGUAAAAUUCAGACAGGCCUUGCAUUACAAUUGCUACAGUAUAUGUAAAACUGGAGGCCUAAAAUGGCAAACCUAAUUUCUAAUGAAACUGGAAAUCCGUUUAUGUCUGUUUUUACUGCAACUUUCUCUUGACAAUCACUGUGUUUUACCUAAGCUGCACAUAAAGAUUUACCUAACUAUAAAUAAAUAUAUUUUACUCUUUGUUUAUUUCUGUUUAAAACCUCUGGGUAUUUUGGAAUGUAAAUGUUUCAUUUUUUAAAAUAAAGUUUUAAUAUUGUA